CUUAAGUUCUCCAGCUCACACAGAACUCCACAAGAGACACAUGAGGGCAGGAGAUCAACCCAUACCACACGAUAACAGUGAUGAUGAUGGCACCAGCACAGACUUAUCUGCUGCUCUAGAAAGCACAUUUCUCAAAGCCAUUGGAUGAUAAUCUGCAGGAUCUGGAGGACACUGAAUGGAAGUAAAUAGACAAGAGGAGGCGUAAGAAACAAACGGGGGAGCGCCUCAUUCAACACCGAGCUUUCUUUAGAGUGUAGCGUUUCACUCCAGGAUUUUGUUUCGUUGUAGACAACACAUUGUGGCACGAAAGGAUCUGGAUUUAACGGAGGGAGAGUCGGGAAGACCCGUUUUAUUGAGUCAUGAAGAAGAACAGUUCAACAAAGCGGGGCCCUCAGGACGCCAGUCAACAGCCCAUGCAGCCCGACAAAACUGGCUGGAUUCGCAAGUUCUGUGGCAAAGGAAUUUUCAGGGAAAUUUGGAAAAGCAGAUUCGUUAUACUGAAAGGAGAGCAACUCUACAUUUCUGAAAGAGAGGCCAAAGAUGAGAAGAAAAUCCAGGAGGUGGUGGAUCUCACCGACUAUGAGAGGUCUGAAGAACUUCGCAAGGCCAAAAGCAGGAGCAAGAAGAAUCACAGCAAGUUCACACUUCUGCGUUCACGGCAGCCAGGAAACACGGUCCCAAAUCUGGUGUUUUUGGCUGUCAGUCCAGAAGAGAAGGAGUCAUGGAUCAAUGCUUUAAAUGCAGCCAUCACCAGGGCCAAGAAUCACAUAUUGGAUGAGGUGACAGUGGAAGAGGACAGCUUGUUGGCCCAUCCGACGCGUGACAGAGCUAAGAUACCCCACACUCGCCGUCUGCCCACCCGCGGGCACCUCAUGGCUGUGGCUUCUACCACAAACUCGGAUGGCAUGCUGACACUUGACCUCAUCCAGGAAGAAGACGUCCCCUCCGCACAGGGUCAGGACUCUCAUGAGGAUACCCUCGAUAAAGCUGCUUCUCAGCACACCCCAGAUUCCCAGCACUCCAUCACGGACACCUCAAAGCUCUCAACUCGCAACGAGACCUCUGGAAAGUCCCAGAGUCUGCCGCGGAAAAGCGAGAGUGCCUUCGACUGGUUGGAGAACCAUAGGACACCGCAGCUCCGCAAAAAAAUACCCACAUCUGACAAGAACCGCUGUGCUUCCAUGGAUGAGAUCCUCACACACUGUGAGACACGAGCCCUCCCUCACUGCUCAACUUCAGCGCCCGUGCAGCCCAUCAGCCAGCUACAGGACCUCAUCACCCAGAAGCUAGAAAGAACUCAAGAACUGCUGACAGAGGUACGGGUGCAGGGCAAGGGUAAGGGCUCGCCGGCUGGGAAGAGCUCCAGCCCGGAGGGUCAGCGGAUGGAGGCAGAGAGGCUUCUGGAAGAGGCGGCGUCCACUUGGGGACAGGCUCGUGACGUGCUGGAGGAAGUAAAAGAACUCAGAGCUUUAUACAAGCAGCUUGACUCCGCCACUUCUGUCACACUCAGUCCUCCACAUAAUGGCAAACUAAACAGCCCACAACAAGCAAAUCACCGGAAGAGCAUGAUGUGAGAAUACAGAAAGUCCUCCAUGGCAUAAUUUUUCAAUGGACUCCUCGUGUUGACUGCUUUAGCAUUGCUGAAAUCAACAAAAAAUGAAUAACAUGAGCUAUACGUGCAUGUAUGAAUUGUCAAAGAGCAAAUCUAGUUUCUUCCACUCCCUAAUAUCAGCAUCAGAGCAGAAAUACGAGGUCCUGGUGGUUUUACCAACCACAAGCUGUUGCAUUGUACCCUCCGGUAUCAAUUUUCACAGUGAUGUCGACAGGGACAGUAAAAGCACCGAGUCAUUGAGCGGCCCAUCAGGGUAAGAAAGGGUGAGAAACACCAGACGGUGGUGAUGUUGUUGUCAUCAUCAGCCUAUCACAAUGUGAAUGUUUUCCCUCUGUUUCAUUAUACACUGGAAGAGCUAAGUUUCAAAAUGGUCGCUGACCCCUAGGUCUAUUUUAUUCCCUGGGUCAUUUUUGUACGUAAUAACACAAAACAAGCUUAUAAUAAGAUGCGAUCAGGGUGCAGCCAAAGGCGAUUGGCGGAACGAUCAUGGAUAGUAGAACGUGGUCUUUGUCCGGCAGCGCUCUGUAUCCCGUCAGAUGGGCUCUACUUGUGAACAAAGCCAUGAACAUGAACACAUAUGACGUCUGGUGCCAGUGUUGCUGUGGAAAGUGGAUGACGAAACAGCUGCCAUUAAAGACGAGACUCCAUGCAGUAAAGGAAACUAUUAAUAAUAAUUACACAUUUGCACUAUGGAGAAUGCUGUAAAACGAGAGUGACACUGGCAAGCUAUCUUUUCAAACCUAAGAGGCAGAACAGACAAUCUACUGUAGGCAGGGAAACAUGGGUCGUGUAGCUCCAAAUCUUUACACCUAAGUGGUAUUUCCGAAAAUGUUGGUAUCUCUCAAAAUCAAAAGCUGCCUUAGUGUAUUUUUCAAAAGGGCACAUGCAAACUGCAUUUCAAACUCUUCAAAGACUCUGAAUGCUUGUAUAUUUUAAUUGUCCAAAAUUUUUGCCUACAAGUUGCCUGCACCUCAAAAGAAGUAUGCACCUCUUUGCUUUGCAGGAAUUUUGUCUCUGGGGAACUAUGCAAGAUUGCAUGGGUGAAACUCACGAAACCGGUCAAGAACAUGAACAUGAGUCAUAUUUCACCCCAAACAUUUUUUGAGAGAAA